CCUCUCCUCUCUCCUCCACAAGUGCACUUGAGUACCCUCGCCGACCCUCUUGUGCUGCUCUAUAUUCCACUUGCAUAUUGUGGCCAUAGAUCUCCUCCACACUCUCUCUUGCUGCCUUUCUCUUUUGCCUCCUCGCUUUUCUUCUUUCUGUACUCAGCUGCCACUUAAGCCAGUCUCGAAGGAUCCCAACCUUGGGAGCCAGGCCAUAAGGAUGGGAAGAACCAGCCCCAUUGUUACUUUCUUCUUCGUGCUGCUUGUUGCUUCUGCUGUCCUGGGAGAUGACCCUUACAGGUUCUUCACCUGGAACAUCACAUAUGGAGACAUCUGGCCCAUGGGUGUCAAGCAACAGGGAAUCCUGAUCAAUGGGCAGUUCCCAGGGCCACAGAUCGAAGCUGUCACCAACGACAACGUUAUCAUCAAUGUCUUCAACAGCUUGCCGGAGCCGUUCCUCAUCUCCUGGAAUGGGAUACAGCAGAGGAGGAACUCAUGGCAAGAUGGUGUGUAUGGCACCAACUGCCCCAUCCCACCAGGAAGGAACUUCACAUAUGUCAUGCAGUUCAAGGACCAGAUUGGGAGCUUCUUCUACUUCCCCUCGCUUGCUUUCCACAAGGCUGCGGGUGGAUUUGGUGGCAUCAGAGUCCUAAGUCGACCACUAAUCCCUGUGCCAUUCCCUCCUCCUGCUGGGGACUUUACUCUCUUAAUCGGUGACUGGUACAAAGCUAAUCACAGUACCCUCAAGUAUGUGCUUGACAGUGGUAGAGAUCUAGCUUUCCCUGAUGGGGUACUCAUCAAUGGUCGUGGAUCCUAUGGCAACACCUUCACCGUCGACCAAGGUAGAACAUACAGGUUUCGGAUAUGCAAUGUUGGGUUGGCAACAUCACUGAACAUAAGAAUCCAAGGCCACACGAUGAAGCUGGUGGAGGUGGAAGGGUCUCACACCCUCCAAAACAUCUAUUCUUCGCUCGAUGUUCAUCUUGCGCAAUGCUACUCCGUCCUUGUCACCGCCGAUCAACCAGCACUGGACUACUUCAUCGUCGUUUCAACCCGAUUCACCAGCUCGGUGCUGACCACCACCGCCAUCCUCCAUUACAGCAAUUCUGCUGGAAGGACCGUCGGUGCGCCGCCAGGUGGUCCAACCAUUCAGAUCGACUGGUCCCUCAACCAGGCGAGAUCUAUUCGGUGGAAUCUGACAGCCAGCGGACCGAGACCAAAUCCACAGGGUUCAUAUCACUACGGCCUCGUCAACACAACGCGAACCAUCAGGCUUGCAAACUCUGCACCGGUCAUCAAUGGCAAGCAGAGAUAUGCGGUCAAUAGUGUCUCCUUCAUUCCAGCUGAUACACCACUCAAAGUAGCUGAUUUCUACAAGAUCCCUGGAGUGGUUUUCCUUGGAAGCAUUCCUGAUAACCCCACCUUUGGAGGUGGCUAUCUCCAGACCUCCGUCAUGGCAGCUAACUUCCGUGAUUACGUUGAAAUUGUCUUUGAGAACUAUGAGAACACAAUGCAGUCAUGGCACAUUGAUGGAUACUCUUUCUGGACCGUCGGAAUGGAUGGAGGACAAUGGUCAGCAGCGAGCAGGAAGAACUACAAUCUGAGAGAUGCUGUUGCUCGUUGCACCGUGCAGGUCUUCCCCAAGUCUUGGUCGGCAAUCUACAUGCCUUUGGACAAUGUGGGCAUGUGGAACAUCAGGUCGGAGCACUGGGCUCGCCAGUACUUGGGCCAGCAGUUCUAUCUCCGUGUGUAUUCUCCUGCUAAUUCAUGGAGGGAUGAGAACCCAAUUCCAAGGAAUGCCCUCCUCUGCGGCCGCGCAUCAGGUCGCCGAACAAGGCCACUGUGAUCAAGAACAGUAGACUCAGUUUCUCAACGUCACGAGGGGGUGACCAAGUAAUAGUAGGAAUCAGAAAUGAAAGGCAUUUCAAGAAUUAAAUCUCUAGAGGCUCCUUAUCUUUGUUACUUCCAUAUAUAAACUGGUCAGUAUCUCUUUUGUUAUCAUUAUUAUUAUUAUUUUCUUGUUGCUGAUAUUACAGCAUUCUUGCUAGUUCAUCCAACCUACUGUCUACCUCUGUCCUACUCCUAUCUAUGAUUUAAGUUUAAUGCCAUUAUCUUCA